UUUCAUAAGAGUAACCCUAUUUGUCUAUAUAAGUAUCCCAAAUAUAUUGUACGAGUAAUAUCAAGUAAUUAAAAAUUAAGUAACCCCAUUUGUUCUUUCGAGUAACCCCUAUUCUUUCAAUUUUUAUUUAUUUAUUUUUAUUAUGACUAAUGAAAGAAUAACGGACUUUUUUAUGAGAGUAACCCUAUUUUCCCAUUGAAAUAAUCUCUUAUACAUCAAGGUAACCCCGUUUCCUCAUCAUUGUAACCCUUAAUAUGUAAUUAAACACUUUAUAGGUGAAGUAGCCACACUAGCCAUGUGGCUAGUCACAUAUAAGUAUUUAUGUUUAAUAAAAUAUUAACCUUAUUAUCUUUUAUCAUAAUUUUUUUAUAAAUACUUCUUACAAUAUCUUAUAUUGAAGUCCAUUAAUUUUUCAAAAAUUAUAUACCGAUCAAAGUGUAAUCCUUAAAAAAACAGAUAGAGUACUUUUGAUUUUAGGUGUAAAACAAUAAUGUCAAGCAGAAGCUGAAAAGCUCGCUGUAUAAAAUGUAAACCAGCCCGAGGCAAAGAAUAACAUACAUUUUACUAGUAAAGUAGUAAUAGUUUAAAAACUUACGAAAUAUUUUUCAUUCAAUUUUUUUUUUAUUUUUUUUUUUUUAUCUCACUCUCUUCGGGGUACCUUGCGAGGCGCAGUGCACGUGUUGAAUCAAUUGGUGCUACAGCUUUGCAAUUUGCCAUGAAAAACAACACUCUACAACGAUCAAUGCAUAACAAGCUGGACUCCUUGAAUGUUUCCUUUAACGAGAAUUGGUGCAUUUAUAAAGUUCCUGAAUAUUUCUUGAAGGGGUAUGAAUAUUUUUAUCAGCCUUUAUUGAUGUCAAUUGGUCCCGUAUUCUAUAAAGAUCCAAAACUAGAACCCAUGCAAAAGGUUAAAUGGAUUUACUUGAAAAGGUUCCUUCAACAUCCCAAGAAUGUUUGUCAAAACUUGAAUCCUUACAUUGAUUAUGUAAGGGAUAAGAAAGGAGAAAUCCGCAAAUGUUAUGAGCAAGAAUUUAAUCUCUCUACCGACGAGUUUGUUGAAAUGAUAGUUGUUGAUGCUGCAUUCCUGGUCUACCUUUGCUUGAUGAACUGGUCUUCCUCGUUUGAUCAACCUUUAGUUGGGAAUAAUUUACGAGUACCACUGUCUUACGCGAUAUUAAAUGAUUUAUUUCGGUUGGAGAACCAAAUUCCAUAUUUUGUUCUCAAGGGAAUCUUUGAUAUAGCAUUUGGUCACAUCUACCCACCUAUUACUCUUAUUCAUGCUACUCUUGGAUUCAUAUUUCAUAAUUUACUUGGAACUAAGGCUAUCAAGAGUACUAUUGAAGGUAAUAAAAUUACAGUUGAAUCAAACAUUCAACAUUUAUUAGAUCUCCAAAGGAUGUGUUGUUGCCUUUCUUUGAGCACACCAUUGCGCAAGCAACCAAAUGCAAAUCCAAUAACAGCCGAUUCAGAUUCAUACAUACACAAGGUGGUGUCUUUGAUCUGUCCGUCAUCAUUAUGCAAUAGGCUGCUUAAGCGUCAUCUCAAGAUGGAAACUGAUGGUGAGCAUUCUAGUCGUCAUCUUUGUUACACUGCCAAGCAACUAAAUGAUGCAGGAGUCACAUUUGUGGCAGGUGAAACUGACAAUCCACUUGAUGUUACAUUUGUUAACGGGAUACUCAGGAUGUCGAAAUUAAUUAUACAAGAUCCCACAGAAUCUCUCCUGCGGAACUUGGUUUAUUUUGAACAGUGCCGUUAUUACCGAGAUUCUUACUUCUCUGAUUAUAUUAUCUUCCUUGAUCAAUUGAUAGACACCGUGGAAGACGUGCAAGUGUUAGUUAAAAACAAAAUUAUUAGUAAUCAUCUAGGAAGUGAUGAUGAUGUUGUAAAGCUUUUCAACAAUAUUGGCAAAAAUGUGAUGUAUUCAUUGAGGAAUUAUUACUACGAUGUCAGCGAUGAUCUGAAUCGCUACGCUUCAACCCGCAGGCAUCAAUGGAUGGCUAUUUUGAGGAGCAAAUACUUCAAUCAGCCUUGGACAAUUUUGUCAGUGAUCGCUGCAAUCAUACUUUUUGUGCUUACUCUUUUACAGACUAUUGCAUCUUACCUCUACAAGUAGUCCAAGUGCCAAUGCUGAUUGUUUUGAAGAUUGUUGCCGAUGUUGCCAUGUCAGCUACUGCAAUGAAAUCAGAUACUUGAUCAUAUUCACGGUGUUGAGUUUUUUUUUUUUUUUUUUUUUUUUUUUUUUUUUCAAGAUGCAACCUAGCUAUACUUUAUGUAAAUUUGAUAUUAGAUCGUAAUUGUAACUUAUUAAUGUUGUAUUUUGUUGUUGGUAAUAAUCCAUUAAUGCAAUGUUAUAUGCCUUCAAUUCGGAGAUUAGUGACAUAUCAAGUUGCAAUCUUUCUUUUUUGAGACAAUAUCUUAACAAGUUCUACUUGAAGUUUUACGUGAUUUUUUUUUCUUGC